CAAUUAUUAUCACUAAGCAAUCUAUUUUUUUUUUGCUUUCCUUUUGUUUUUAAAUUUUAAUCCAUAAUCAAUUAGUAUACUUAAACUUUAAUUUUUCUCCUUUUUAUAUUUUGUUUAAUUAAUCAAAAAUGAAUAGUACUAAUGUAGAAAUGGAAAUAGAUGAUAUUCAAGAUAAUGUUUUAGCUACAAAUGUGACUGGCAGUGUCUCUAUAUCCUUACACCCUCUAGUUAUUCUUAAUAUUUCAGAGCACUGGACUCGUCUUACAGCCCAAGUUGGUAACCCAGUUCCUACUCUUGGUGCUCUAAUUGGUAAACAAAAAAAUCGGACACUCGAAAUUAUGAAUUCAUUUGAGUUAUCAUAUACUCAACUUGAAGAUUCGUCUUUAGUGAUUGACAGAGAAUAUUACAAUACUAAAGAAGAACAGUUUAAACAAGUAUUUUGUGAUUUGGAUUUUUUGGGAUGGUAUAUCACGGGUACAGGUAGUGACAAACCUACUUUACGUGAUAUAGAAUUACAUAAACAAAUAACUGAUAUAGCAGAAAGUCCAAUAUUUUUAAAAAUGGAUCCUCAUGGAGGACAUACUGAUCUUCCUGUUAAAGUAUAUGAAUCAAUUAUAGAUAUAAUGAAUGGAGAGACUAAAAUGUUAUUUGUUGAAUUGACAUAUACAUUAUCAACUGAAGAUGCUGAGCGUAUUGGAGUUGAUCAUGUUGCAAGAAUGUCAAGCAAUGAUGCACAAGAAAAUAGUUUAGUUGCUGAAACUCUAACUGUUCAAUUCAAUGCUAUUAAAAUGUUGCACAGUAGAGUUAAAAUGUUACUAGAAUACUUGAAAGAAGCUAAGAAUUCUGAAAAACCAGUUAAUAAUGAAAUUCUUCGCGAAUAUGUGUCAUUAUGCCAUCGCUUACCUGUGAUGGAAUCUGGAGAAUUUUACAGAGAUUUGUAUACACAUUGUAAUGAUGUUGCCUUGAUAGCAUAUUUGGGUGUAUUAACAAAAUGUUGUAAUGAAGUUAACAACUAUUGCAACAAAUUUAAUGCACUUUAUGAUCGACAAGUAGUAGGAAGAAAAGUUAAAGCAUUGUUUUUAUAAAUCAAUUUUUUUAAGAAAAUGCAUGAAUCAUACUCAAUUAUUUAUCUUUAAAAGUGUUGAAUAAUUUAAUACUAACUUGAUUGUAAUAUUUUUUUUUUCAAAAUAAAAAGUCGUAAUCAUAAAAAGUCAAUAGUCAUAAAAGUAAUUACAUAUAAUUUAAGACUGUCAUAAGAGGUUAAUAAAUGUACAAAUAAAUAUA